AUGACGGUCUCACUUCCUUCACAACAACCGCAGCCGUCAAAGGAGACGCAGGCUGCCCGUAAGCGUAGGAGACGGGCACCCGCUGGAGGAGCGGCGGACGACUGCUUUGCCUGUGUCAAGAGAGGCGCCAAGUGCGAUCGCCGGCGGCCCUACUGCUCACAAUGCCUCGAAGUUGGGAAUGAGUGCUCUGGCUAUAAGACUCAGUUGACCUGGGGCGUUGGCGUUGCGAGUCGGGGGAAGCUCCGAGGUCUUUCGUUACCCAUCGCAAAGUCGCCGCCCGUGGCUCCAGUCAUCAAGAAGCAACCCGCACGAUCCAGAGCCAACACCACAUCCAGUCAAUGGAGUGACCAUGGAAACAAGUCGCCCACAAUUUCUAACCGCGAUGAGUUUGAGCUUCAUAAUGGUCACCCAGCAUCUCUCCCUACUACACCUUUCGCCGCCUAUCAUGACUUCUCCCGAUAUGCCCACGGCGAGUCGAUGUCACCUCCAACACCAACAGGCUGGGGCAAUGUCUCAUACCCAUCAAGCAUGGGUGCUCAUGAGCACCCGAAAAUGCACAGACUCAAUACAUCUUUGGGUCACUUUCCACUCAUUACGGAGGGGCUCUCGUCCUCAGUGGAUGCUGCUCUGAAUGAGGUUGAAUACACCCUAUCGCCAUUGAGUCAGUUCUCACGAGAUGAACUCCCUUAUAUGCACAGCCCUGCUCUUAUGUACGAUAGCUAUAGCAGCAAUGCCUCGCCGGUUCCUCAGAGCCCGGCAUCUGCCAUUAUGAUCGAGCAGCGCGCUCCGACCUCAUGUCCCAGUCUCGUAUAUGCUCCAUCGGAGCCCAGCUCGAGCCUUGGGUCACAUCACGAUGGCUUUGAGCAUCAGAUGAGCCAUGCAAGACUCCUUAGCGAUGCUGAUAGCCUCAGCGUACACGACAUUGAGCCAUACAGCACCAGUCCCGCAACAGCUUCUUUUUGGUCCACUGGAAUUCUAAAGGAGGAGGAUAACGGGUCCAACCUGUUUAGCCAGAGCUCUGCGGCGGCUGCAGCGGCGGCUCUCGCGGUCAUUUCUCCUUAUGACGCGCCAUCGAUGCAAAUCAGUGCCGACCUAAUCGCAAAGAUGCCAUUCUUCAUGGAUUACUAUGAGAACAUCAUGUGCCCUUCAAUGGUGCUUAUUGACGGCCCUACCAAUCCCUUCAGAGACCACAUCUUGCGCCUCGCUGCCAAUAGUCGCAGCUUACAGCACGCCAUAUGCGCCCUUGCUGCAUGCAAUCUGAGAAUGAAGAGGAAACUAAGCUUAGGCCAACAUGGCAAAGGAUCACCCGAGAGAUUCCUCUCUGAGCAGUCUGAGUCGCAACCGGAGGAUUCGUCCUUGACCGAGGAGUAUCAGCACCGCAAUCUCGCCGUACAUCUACUCAACCAACAGCUCAACGAUCCCAACAAGUCGUGUCAUGACUCCGUUCUUGGGACCAUUCUUUUGCUAUGCCACUACCGCAUGGUCGAGUCUGGCAUUGCCAAGUUCGCUACUCAGUUUGCAGGUGUCAAGAAAAUCCUUAGUAUGCGCAAUACCGCACCCUACCAGACCUCGAAUGAUUCUGCUUGGAUGGAAGCUAUCUUCACCUACUUUGAUGCUAUCUCCGCCAGUAUAAAUGACCGCGAAGCCCAGCUCAAUCAUUCUUUCUAUGGAGUCUCGUCUGAUAUCAACCUGCUCCCGGCUGGCGCUGAGAACUGGAUUGGAUGCGACAGGGAACUUUUCAGGACCAUUUCAAAGCUCGGUCGCCUUAAUCUGCUCUCUCAGUACCGCGCUGUAUCCAGUGCCAUUGCUUCGCCCACCGGGCGACUGAGUGUGCCAAGGAUUGCUUCGCCACUUGGCUCACCUCUGGGCAAUACGUUCAAAAGCUCGUCGCAACUAACCGACUUCUUCAACCUGGGCAUUCAGAGCAAAGGCUUCGGUAACCAGCUCGACGAGGAGGAGCUAUUCGCUGGCAGCUGCUCGUCGCCAAGCUACGACGACCAGCGUUCGACCUUCUGGCGCGAGUGGAAGGAGGCCCGCAACGCUCUUCAAAGUUGGGAAUUUGAUUCUGCUAGAAUCGUUGCGUCUCUGCCAGGCACACUUACGGCUACCCAAAUCCGGGAUCUCGGGUCAUUGUCAGAGGCAUUCCGCUACGCUGCUCUCCUCUACACCGAGCGCCUGGCUUCCCCCAACGUGCCCUCGAGCCACAACAACUUCCGCAAUCUGGUCAGCCAGGUCGUCUACUACACCACCUCCAUAGAGUCUGGCGGCGUCGCCGAGAAGUUCCUUCUCUGGCCCCUAUUUGUCGCCGGCAGCGAGUGUGUCAACGAGCUCCAGCAGAACAUCGUGCGCAACAAGUGCCGCGACAUCAUGUCCCGCAGCGGGUACAUGAACAACCUGUCUGCCAUCGAGGUCCUCGAGCGCCUCUGGGCCGGCGAUCUGCAUGACAGUAUCUCCGGCUCCAGCAAGCUUGGCCUCCAGGCGCGCGGCCCAUUCAACUGGACUAAAUGCAUUGGCGGACCUGGCGUUGAUGUAGAAUGGAUCAUGUUCUAA